AUGGACCCUGAUAGCUGUAUUACCAUAUUUGGAAAUGCGCCCUGGACCCUGAAAACCACCCCCAAUGUCGUCACCAACAGUGAGCAACACCCCAAGCUCACUAAUGAAAUUGCCAAUGAUAUUGCCCAAGUAACUAAUGAAAAUCGCAAUGAUGUCGCCCAAGUAGCUAAUGAAAUUUCCAAUGAUAUUGCCCAAGUAACUAAUGAAAAUCACAAUGAUGUCACCCAAGUAGCUAAUGAAAUUUCCAAUGAUAUUGCCCAAUGCUGCCCACCAGUCCCAAAUAAGAAAGAAGGGAAGCAGGGGAAAGUUCAAGAAUUAGAGGACUGGGAUGCCCCAGAUCCCCGGAUCGAGAGUGACCUCAGUGGGUCCGAUUAUGAAGAGGGAACCUGCAAGAAAGAGAAGACGAGGGACUGGCGUAAAUCGAGGGGACAAUCAGUUACGGACACCAAAGAGGAUGACACAAAGAUUGACAAGGAAGAUGCCGAAGAAGAUCCAGACUUGGAGUGUGAGGAGGAAGAAGCGUGUGAGGGGGAAGAACGGCGUUCCAAAGGCAAGAAACCUUUGGUUACAGACACCGAGGAGGAAGAAGAACGCGACUGGGAGCGUGACGAGCAGGUAGAAGCACAAUCUAAAGCCGCUUGCCUUUUGUUAUCGACAAUGAAAACAGAAGGGAAAGUACAGAGGUCAUCCACCCACUGGAAGGACUUAACGGCGUCGUACACACCCUCCCAGUUGGACGCCGCAUCCGUGUUGAGCAGCUAUGGACUCACAUUGAUGCCCGACGCCCUGCUCCCAGACCUUGAAGAGGUUUCUUCGACAAAGCCUUCACUCCUGGAAAUGGCAUUGUAUCUGAUGUUCGGCCAGAUCCUCUGGCAAGUCGCACAUAGGUUGGGCCAUCUCUAUGGCCGUUCUUCGGAAUUUGCCAUGGAGAAAGCGGGUCUUUGGUGCAAGGAGAAGAGGGCUCCAAACCAGUACAACAUGUUCAAAACUUAUGCUAGCAGGACGAAACCAGAGGAGGGGGAUCACAAAGGCCUCCAGCUCUGGAACAAGGCCACGAAUGAGGAGUACAAGAAGCUUAUGGAAGGAGCAACAACGAAAGAAGAGAAAGACGAACGCAUCCAGGACGCCGUUAGCUUCAUCAAGAAUCAAGUCCACAAAGAAGGCACCAAUGUCCGCGACAUGAACCUUCACUUCGCCUCUCAUAUGAAAGAAAUUUGUGACCUUGUACAUCGCUUUGUAUACAGCGGCAAAAGCGCAACGGCUCGUAAGAAGUCUGGGUUUUUCAUGAGCUCGGAGGACCUCCAAGCACUUUGUGAUCGUGAGAAGUGGGCAAUGGGCACCUUGACGGACAUCUUUGUUAGCAAAGUCCACGCUAUGCAUGCGGACCAUCAAAUUAAGCAGUCGAUGGAGGAACUAAAUGUUGCUCCCUCGACAACAGCUAGCUCCUCAACUGCUUGCGCCCCGACCAGGCUUGCAUCUGCUUUGAAGGAGGAGGCAUCUUCGGAUAAGGAUGUGCUACCUUACACGAAGGAAUAUGCGUGCUUGGCUGAAAAGGACCAAUGCAAGUCGGCCCCUUGGACGAUGUGGCCCAAUCUCGCCUACCAAUUCAAACUUGUUAUCACAGGAUGGGAUUCUGCUAUGGUCGACAUAGCCUUCUGCCCGGAAUUUGCACCUACGAAGAUCACAAGCUCUCAAUGGAAGCACCUAUCAACUCUGAUUGUAAAGAACCUCUUGGAGGUGAAGCCCUGGUCUGACGAGCAAAGACUAAUCCCAGAGAGUGAAGCUUGCUUCGGUGAGAUCCCUGUCAUUAUCAACUCAGAUGGUCUUCCAAUGGUCUUCGUCAAAGACUCCACCAAAUGUGUCCGUUCCAAUUGCUCCAUUUCAGGCCUGACGAAGAAGCGCGAUCGGAAAGGUGAUACAUCUUCCCCUGUCAAUUCUUUCUCUUUGUCUCCAGCGUUGUCCACAAAGAAGCGAUCACAUGACACUGCCAUGGCCUCACCUGAAGAAGAACUCAAGCACAAGUCCACAAGAGAGUACCGCCCUCUGCCGAAACAACCAGAAGUGGAACCUCCCGCUAAACGCCAACGUCAUGUCUCCUUCACCUCCCUUCCCGAUAAUAUUUCUUCAGCUCACGUUGCCUCAUCAUCUCGAUCAGUAUCUCAGCCUUUUGCUAGUACUUCUGGACAUGCUCAUGUUUCAGGCAAACGUGCUGGGCCAGGGAAGAACUCUCAAGGCUGUGUCCCCUCCUUUUGCCUUUGUCCACCUACACACCUUGCUCCACCCUUUUUACUGCAUCCCUUUCCUAUAGUCCUUUAUUUUGAAGAUAUAUCUUGA